AGAACCUGGCCACCUGAGCGGUCGCGAUCGUCGUUCAUCCGUGGGAAAUCCGUGUGUGUGAUUGUGUGUGUUUUGUAGAGUCCGGUAGUGCAGUCAAGUUACGUCAGUCAUCGAUAUCUGAGGGAAACACUGCGCGGUUGUUUCAGGGAAUUAGUAGCAGACAAACCGCGACGCAGCCAGCUCGUGUGCAUCAUCAGCUACUCUUCUCACGUUGAGUUGGAACUCACCUGCCGCCGAUCAUUGCGCAUUAUCAUUCUACAGCUGCAGUGAAAAGUGUGGUCCAUGUUUGUUUUUCCGCCGUGGAGAGACAAACAGAAAGCUUUGAGUGAUAUCAAACCGGCAACUGGUGUGGAUCGUGAACUCUACACAGGUGGACCUUUGUGAUCUAUGACGCUCCAGAUCACCCGUUGAAAACACGCGAGGGUGGCCGGUCUUCACUUUCGGAUUGUGCAUCCGGCGGACCAGCCGAACCAAAGAACCUCAGGAAUGCAUCGAACCAGGUUACGGGUUUUUGCGGCGUUGCUGUCGCUGCUGACGAUCGGAACGUGGCAGCACGUGCACGGUGACGAGUGCGUAGGCUCGAAGAGCGAUCGCCACAGGACGUGGAUGGAACAGUUCCGGGCGACUUCGCACAACUGGGACGGCAUCCUAACCGAGGAUGCACUGCACCUGAUGGACAACAAAACCGAGGUGGAUCUGUCCCGGCAAGGCUACCGGGAGGUCCACUGGCAUUUGAGCAGCAUCGUUGGAGAUGGCUACGAAAUCUACGAGCUGGAUUUGUCCUACAACAACGUUGAAGUUCUGAACGAGCUGACGUUCUUGAAGUUCUACUCGCUGGAAAUGCUGAAUCUGUCGUACAAUCGAAUCAUGAGCGUGGGUAAUUUGACGUUCGGAUCGCUGAUACGGCUAAUGGACCUGGAUCUGUCGUACAACCUGAUACAUUCCAUCGAGAGGGAAGCUUUCAAUCGACUGUAUGCGCUGGAAUCGCUGAAUCUACGGGAGAAUUGUCUGAUCACGAUAAAUGAACAUCAGUUUCACUUUAACGACCACCUGUCGUCUCUGCUAAUGGAUCACAACCAGAUAUCGUUCCUCCCGUCAGCCAUUUUCGAUUCACUCUCGAUGGUGGAGGAAGUGUUUGAAAUUGACCUGUCAUUCAACAACUUGCGAAAAAUGCCCUACAUCGAAGCCAAAGAAAUUGGACUGCUAAAGGUUGACAACAACCACAUCAACAUUCUGUUCGUCAAUCGAACAUACAACGUACGAGCGCUGGAAGCGCAUCACAACGACAUCCAGGAUGCCGAUUUGUUCCAGUUUGGCUCCGCCGAACACAUCGACCUGUCGCACAACCAUUUGGACAACAUUGUUGGUCUGCAUGAAAUGGGUCAGCUCGAGUAUCUAGAUCUUUCAUCCAACAACGUCUCCAAGUUCGACUACAAUCUCAAGUAUUCCAUCCAGAACAUUCCAACCCUCGCCACACUCCGCCUGCAAAACUGCAGUCUCAACGAACACAACAUGGAAGGUCUGCUAAAAUCCGACUCCGUCCUGAACCUUGACCUGUCCCAGAACGAUUUCGUCAAACUCAACAUUUCCCACCUCUCAAAACUAAAAACCCUCCAGUACAUGAGCCUGAACUUCAACUACCUGCAAGAGCUGAUCGACUACGAGCACAUGUCCCACAACUUCCCGUACCUCGAAAUGAUUUCCCUGUCCUUCAAUCGCUGGAACUGCUCCUACUUCGACAAGCUCUACGCAUAUCUCAACAGCACCCACAUAACGACCACCACCGAUCCGCGGGACUGCUACAUCAACGGCAGCCACGUGGCCGACUCGGACAUCAACGAAAACUUCGAGCCCGAGUACACCCUAAACCAAGUCAAGCGCGACAUGAACGUGGUCAAGAACCUGGGCCGCAGCAUGACGUACUUUAUGUACGGCCUGUACUACAACAUGCGUGGCCUCAACAACCACACCCAGUUCCUGCUGCUCCGGAGUGACCGCAAGAUCCAGGCCAUGCAGGCGGAAAUGGGCCACCUAGUCGGCAUGGUAGCCUUCCUGGUGGCCAUCUUUGCCGUCGUCCUGCUGCUGGCGCUCGCCUUCGGGCUGCACUUGGGCUACAAAAAGUGGCGCCGAAAUCAGUCGGUGAAGGUCGUCACGUACAGCAAGCGGGGCAACGAGUUCAGCAACGGUGUCACCGUCAACGAAGUCAUCAGCGAUAAUGUCUGACGUGUCGCGGAGCAUGUACCAAAAUGUAAAGAAUUUCCUAGUUUUAAACUGUAACUGUAUAUUGGAAUAAACAUAAUCUUAAAUUUAA